GAAGUCAAAUUUGACAGCCGCUUUCUCACGCAGAUCCUCGCGAGGUUCCUGUUUUUAACGGUCGUCUUUUCUCGAGCUCGGAUUUUGAAAUCGUUCGUUCAGGACCUCGAGGUCGGGCAGGAAGGAGGGACUGAGAGGGAUAUUAUAGAGCUCGGCUGUUUCUAACUUGGGUGAAGAAAGAUAAAGAAAACUCCUUGGGAUUCUCCAUACACUGAGGAUUGAUCCGGAUAUUACGGGGAAUUCUGGGAGUUUUUUUUUAUUCUUUCGUUCCUCGAGGAUGAAGCAACACAGUGGAAGCCUCCCUUAACAAUGAACAUGGAACAUGGAAGAAGGUUGUGAGGGCUCUUUCUUGUCUUCCUAUUGGCCAGUGAGGCUGUGAGGUCACGGCAUGUGGAUGACUACUUAUCCCAUGAUGCUAUCUGCCAGGCCGGGCUACUUCCUGCUGCUGCUCAGCUUCCUGCUCCUCGCUGACGCAGACUCGCCACCAAAGUUCACACGGACCCCAGAGGACCAGACCGGGGUGCAGGGAGGGGUCGCCUCCUUCGUCUGUCAGGCCACUGGAGACCCUCCGCCCAGCAUAGUCUGGAACAAGAAGGGCAAGAAGGUCCAGAACCAGAGGUUUGAGGUAAUUGACUACGAGGAUGGUUCUGGGUCUGUUCUGAGGAUCCAACCACUGAGGACUCCUAGAGAUGAGGCUGUCUAUGAGUGCCACGUCUCCAACCCGGCAGGAGAGAUCACUGCACUCUGCAGACUCAAUGUUUUACGGGAGGAUCAGCUCCCCUCGGGGUUCCCCACCAUAGACAUGGGUCCCCAGCUGAAGGUGGUGGAACGCUCAAGAACGGCCACCAUGCUGUGUGCGGCUAGCGGCAACCCUGACCCAGAAAUCACCUGGUUUAAAGACUUCCUCCCUGUCAACACCACCAAUAACAACGGGCGAAUCAAACAGCUCCGUUCAGAGUCCUUUGGUGGCACGCCUAUAAGAGGUUAA